AUGCAUGGCAACGACACCCUCAAUGACAGCAACUAUGGAGAUUGUUCUAGAGAGAUGAAGGAAUUCCUUCUCGCCAAAAAUAGGGCAGGUUUUAUCGAUGGAUCAAUUGGAAAACCAGAUGAAGCAGAACCAGAUUUCAAGGCAUUGCAGCGGAGUGAUGCCAUCAUAAAUGGAUGGCUUAUUACUGCUAUGGAGAAAGAUAUCCGAAAUAGCAUGAAGUAUGCUACCCCUGCCCAAGAAAUUUGGGAUGAUCUCGAGGAGCGUUUCGGGAAAGAAAGUGCUCCACGAGCAUAUGAAUUGAAGCGAGAACUGACAACGAUGAGGCAAGACAAUGCAUCGGUUUCAGCCUAUUUCACUAAGAUGAGGAGUAUUUGGGAUGAGAUUCAAUCUGUAUCACCCAUACAAAAAUGUACCUGUGGCAAGUACACUUGUAACCUUGGGAAGAGAUUGAUGGAAUCCAAAGAAAAGGAACGCAUAUAUGAAUUCCUCAUGGGUUUAGAUGAAGCUUUUGGAACUCUUAAGACUCAAGUCUUAAGCACUAAACCUAUGCCCUCUCUUGGAACUGUUUAUCACCUGGUCAGCUCUGAUACCAUAAUAAAAACGUAA